GCCCUAGCCGCUCUUAUCACACAAGACCGGAAAAGAGGAGGUCCUUUUCCCCGCAGACUCCAACAUGGCAAGAGGACCGAAGAAGCACCUCAAGCGCGUCGCUGCGCCCAAGCAUUGGAUGCUUGACAAGCUCACCGGAGUUUUCGCUCCUCGCCCCUCCACCGGUCCCCACAAGCUGAGGGAGUGCCUGCCCCUCAUCAUCUUCCUGAGGAACCGCCUCAAGUAUGCCCUGACUGGGGAUGAGGUCAAGAAGAUCUGCAUGCAGAGGUUUAUCAAGAUUGAUGGCAAGGUCCGCACCGAUGUCACCUACCCCACUGGAUUCAUGGAUGUGAUCAGCAUUGAGAAGACUGGCGAGCACUUCCGUUUGAUCUACGAUGUGAAGGGACGUUUCACAGUCCACCGCAUCACCGCCGAGGAGGCCAAGUACAAGCUGUGCAAGGUGAAGAAGAUCAUCAUUGGCACCAAGGGGGUGCCCCACCUGGUGACUCACGACGCCCGCACCAUCCGCUACCCUGACCCCCUCAUCAAGGUCAACGACACGGUCCGCAUUGACCUGGACACCGGCAAGAUCACAGAGUUCAUCAAGUUUGAUACUGGUAACCUGUGCAUGGUGACUGGUGGUGCUAACUUGGGGCGUAUUGGUGUGAUCACCAACAGGGAGCGUCACCCUGGCUCCUUUGAUGUGGUGCACGUCAAGGACACCACAGGAAACAGCUUCGCUACCAGGCUCUCCAACAUCUUCGUCAUUGGCAAGGGCAACAAGCCAUGGGUGUCCCUACCAAGAGGAAAGGGUAUCCGUCUUACCAUCGCUGAGGAGAGAGACAAGAGACUGGCCGCCAAGCAGGGCAGCAGCUAAAGUGGCCCCACAGACAGCCCUGGUUUUCAAAUAAAAUGUUAUUUACAAAACAC